AUGCACAUGACCUUCUGCGUUGGCUUUAAGAAUGUGGAACUGUUGUUUCCUGGCGUGGUGAUCAACACAGCUGGAGAAAUGGCUGGAGCUUUUGUGGGAGUGUUUUUACUGGCAAUGUCCUAUGAAGGACUCAAGACAGCCCGGGAGGGCCUGCCACGCACGUCACAACUCAGCAUUUGCUACAAUCUCAUGCCUGUUCCAGGACCAAAUGGGACCAUUCUUAUGGACACACACAGAACUGCUGGGCAGCAGAUGCUGAGCUUCCCUCGCCUCCUGCAAACAGUGCUGCAUAUCAACCAGGUGGUCCUCAGCUACCUCCUGGUGCUCCUCCUCAUGGCCUGCAAUGGGUACCUCUGCGUUGCUAUAGCAUAG